CUCGUUUCACAGCAGGAAAUAUCCCCAAAACUCCACCCCAGCUUCGUGGACAAGUCUACGACAAGAGCAUCAAAGUAAUUCGAUGGCGGCGAUGGGUUGUUUCACUAAACCCGUCGUUCGCUCAUGAAGCCCAAACCCUUCUCCUUCUACCUCUCUCUGAGCCACAAUCUUUCUAAUCUCAACAGAUAUUUUUGCGCAAAACCUCAUCCCCUCAUGGCUCAAACCCCAACUUGUCUCGAUUCAAACGACCAGCAACAACAAGACUUGUCGCAGCCUUGCUUGGAUUCUCCGGCGCGGAGCUUUACCGGCGAAUCUCGGGUGGAACGGGCCUGGGCUCAUUGGGCCAAGUUGGGUCGACCCAGAUUGAUAGUUGCCCCAAUGGUUGACAAUUCGGAGCUACCGUUUCGAAUGCUGUGCCGCAAGUACGGUGCGGAAGCGGCAUACACCCCCAUGCUGCAUUCACGCAUUUUCACCGAGACCGAAAAGUACAGGGAAGAAGAAUUCACCACUUGCAAGGAGGAUCGACCACUCUUUGUCCAAUUUUGUGCCAAUAAUCCAGAUGUGUUGUUGGAAGCUGCACGCAAGGUGGAGCCUUAUUGCGAUUACGUUGAUAUUAAUCUUGGGUGUCCUCAGCGUAUUGCUAGACGAGGAAACUAUGGUGCUUUCUUGAUGGAUAACCUUCCUGUUGUGAAAUCUCUAGUGGAAAAAUUGGCUCUUAACCUCCAAGUUCCUGUUUCUUGCAAGAUUAGGCUCUUUCCGAAUUUAGAGGACACUUUGAAGUAUGCUAGGAUGCUUGAGGAGGCUGGUUGUAUGCUUUUAGCUGUCCAUGGCAGAACAAGGGAUGAGAAGGAUGGGAAGAAAUUUCGAGCCGACUGGAAAGCCAUCAGGGCUGUGAAGGAUGCAGUCAGAAUCCCUGUCCUCGCAAAUGGGAACAUAAGGCAUAUUGAUGAUGUUAAAGACUGCUUGGAAGAGACCGGUGUCGAAGGGGUGCUUUCUGCGGAGACUCUGCUUGAAAAUCCAGCUCUCUUUGCAGGAUUUCGAACUGCUGAAUGGGUAUCUGGAAGUGAAGGAACCAAUGUGGAUGGAAAACUGGACCAGGCAGAUCUGUUAGUAGAGUAUUUGAAGCUUUGUGAACAGUACCCUGUGCCAUGGAGAAUGAUCCGUUCUCAUGUUCAUAAAUUGUUGGGAGACUGGUUCAGCCUUCAGCCUCACAUCAGGGAGGAACUUAACAAACAAUCUAAACUGACUUUUGAGUUUCUUUAUGACAUGGUGGAUAGGCUUCGGGGUACAGGUACAAGAAUUCCACUUUAUCUCAAAGAUACCCAGAUGGAACUGAAUGAAAUAUCUUCUGCCGUAGAGGUAGUGAGGCCAGGCUAAGCCAGCACAACUACAACAUCAUUUAGAUACAAUUUUGUAGUGAUUAGAAGUGAGAAUAGUUCAAAUUACUAAUCUCUUUCGUGUUGUAUUUGACUUCAUUCUUAUGGCAAUUGCCCAAUUGGCAGUGUUGUACACGUAACAGUGUUAAAACGCUGAUGCUUAUUCUGAGCUAUCAAAUUU